AUGGGCAAAACCACGGCUCGGACACGCACCCAUGGAUCAUCGAUCGAUCCUAACCCGCAAAAGGAUACCGCCGGUCCAUCACGCAAAGCAGCCGGUAAACGAAAAAAAAGAGGAGAAGAGGGAAGCGAUCCUUCCCUUACAAAUGCUGAGAUCAAAACCUAUCGCUCCAAUCUUCGGGGUCGCGCAAUCCGGCCGACAAAAUUCUACAAAAAGUCCAUGAAAAAGCUUGGGGUGCAUGAUGGUGUAUACCAUUUGUUCAUAAAACUCGGUUGGCGUGGUUUUCUUCGACUUUGUGACAGAACUUACGAGGAACCCACAAUGGAAUUUCUUAGCACAUAUGCACGAGAUGAUGACACGGAAGUCCUCACAUUCCAGUUGAAAGGGGAGCAUCAUAGACUCACAUACGCAGAGCUUGAUUCUAUCAUGGGUAUAGACGAUCCGUUCCGCAUCAGCCCCCAAAGUCAAGAGUACCAAGAUUUUCUGCGUUGCCCUGAUGCAAACUUCUGGAUGCAAAUUUCCGGUCUCCCAACCUUCAACCCAAGCCGACAGCGAGCCAAGCACAUCGUUCACCCCUGUUGGCGAAUUGCUCACCGAGUCCUUACGACGAGUAUCUUCGGGCGUCUCGAGCCCGGUCAAAUCAACAGAUGUGAGCUAUUUUUCCUCCGAAGCAUGAGGCAUGCACUCUCCCUCAGUUUUUCAGGCUUCUUUUUAGACAAAUGUGACUCCAUACGCCAACGUUCCUCAGGGGAAAUUUUCAUCGGGGGACUUAUCACGAUCAUAGGUCGAGCCGUCGGCCUAGACUUCCCGGAUCCCGAGUACAUACCUGUCGACACCCCACCGAACUUCCUGCUAGAUUGUGACACUCUCAUCCGGAUGGAGAUGUUGCUCGAUCGGGGAACCCGCACGUACAGUUGGUUAGACUCUGACAAAGCCCCGGUUUACAUCCUGCCAAGUUGGAUCGGUUCUUCAUUCGAUACAGGCGACCCCGACACUUGGCUUCCUCCAGAUCAAUUGACCCAAGCAGGUGUAUUCCCAGAAUUCGGUGAUGAUGAGGGUGACGACGCAGAGAACAAGAGGAAGAAGAUGACGAAGAGGACGACGAGAUGCCCGAAGCUGAGACCAUUUUGA